CCUCCGGGGCCGCCAUGGUGGAGAAUGCGUCCUCCUCGUCUUCGGCGGCGGCGGCGGCGCUAGAUUCGUUCCGCCGCCGUUGGCAAGCCGAGCUGUCCCGGGAAGGCCCGAAGCGUCAGAGGAAGAGCGGCGGGAGCCGGAAAAGGCCUCGGGAAGCGGAAGGCGAAGAGCCGCCUCAGCCGGUGCGAAGCUGGGGCGGCUACGGGGGUCUCCUUGGGGGGCUGCUGGAGGGAGAGCCGCCGCUUCAGCGCCUCCUGCUCCGCGACCCUCCCGAGCCUGAGCGGGACCCCGAGCCCGCUGCAGAGGCCCCCGGAGGAGGAGGAGGAGGAGGAGGAAAGGAGGACCUUCUGGGGCAGCUCAUUCAAGACUUGAACGAAAUCAACGAGGUUCCAUUCUUUGACGUCCAGUUGCCUUACGAAUUGGCAUUAAAAAUAUUUCAGUCCCUUGGCCGACUAGAGCUGGGCAGGUGUGCUCAGGUGAGCCGAACGUGGAAGAUACUGGCGGAAGACCAAGUCCUGUGGUUCCGGAUUUGUCAACGGGAAGGUUAUCUGUCUGACUGUCAAAUCUCAGACUUCCCCUGUUGGAAACAGACCCUCCGGGAAUGUCGGGAAAAGGAGCAGACCCUGCGCACCAACUGGAAAAACCGCAUCGGGGUUAUGAGCCAGUUGCAGCACGAAGUCGGGAACAUUCUGUGUGACGUGCAUUCCUGCAACGGAGUGGUCAUUGCUGGGUACACGUCGGGCGAUGUGAAGCUGUGGGACACACGCACCUGGGACUAUUCGGCCCCCAUCCUGGAACCGGAGCACGGCUCGGUGGAGCCUGGCCCCCGGCCACAUGCCUCCUUUGUGAGAAUAAACAGCUCCCUGGCUGCGUCAGCGUACGAGGACGGGUCAGUGAAAGUGUGGAGCCUGCUGGUCGGUUCUGAGCCAAUCCACCGGUACCAGCACAACCAGAAGAUUCAGAGUAUGGCCCUUUCAACCGAGGGGGCCACGGUAGCGACGGCAGCCGGGUUCCAGGUCAGAGUGGAAAGUGCCAACGACAAAGGAUACUGGGGGACCCUGGCAGAGUUUGAGAUUCAGAAAUGGGUCAGCUUGCUCUGUCUCGUGCCCCAAACUUCGGGCUGCCCAGCUGCCGUAGUAGCCGCUGAGGACGCCAUUUACGUCUUGAAAGAAGGAGAGCCCGCUAAAGUCCUGCAUUGCGUCUACGGCCAGCCCGUCACAUGCCUGGAUGUCUCGGCCAAGGAGGUGGCAUUUGGCGUCAGGGGCUUCGGCUGGCUGAUAAACGAGACCAACAAGAUCCUCCUCUACAACGUGGAAACGGGCCAGUGUGUAACGCAACUCGGAGGUCCUUUGGGUGACUUCACGUGCCUCAACCUCCAGGAGAGCCCCCCCAACAUGCUGGUAGCUGGAAAUAAAGUCAGAAGGGUGAUGGUGUAUGACCUCCGCAGGAGCGAGCCUGUCUCCUCACUUCACGGCCAUCAGUUGGGGGUCUCGGGGGUGCAGAUGGACGACUGGAAGGUGGUCAGCGGAGGCGAGGAAGGGCUGGUCUGCGUGUGGGACCAGCGCAUGGGUAGCAAGCUCUGGGAAAUGCGUGCCAGGCACCCAGUUCGCCACCUCCUGUUCAACUCCCACAGUCUCAUCACGGCCAACGUCCCCAAUGAAAAAACUCCCCGAGGUGCCAGCAUCACGGACGACGAUUUGACCGCUCACCGAAGGCAUCGAGGUAUCAUCUACUCCUACGAGUUCUCCGUGGACCAACUGGUGGCAGAGAGCGUCCUCCCUAUCUGCCGUUCCUCGUACAACGAAAUGACGGGCUACAACUACAAUAUUGGCCUUGUGGUCCCCUACGACAACAUCUAGGCAGUGCGGGAAGAAGAAGGGAAGGCCAAAAAUCAUAGGUUGUCCCAAAGGUGCUUUUUCCAAGAGGCAGCUGCGCUUCCUGGUUGUUGCUGUUG